AUGAGCGGUAGUCGAGCGACGAGACCGGGCGCAGGGGGCUUACCUUACCACGAAGCAUCGUAUUGGCAGAAUCGCUUCACCACCGACCCUCGCGAAGCAUCUGGAUUCGAAUGGCUUUCAUCCUCAACAUCCCUCAUCUCACUUCUGCCUCAAUCUCUCCUGCUUCGCUCAUCUCCGACUCGCAUAUUACACAUUGGUGUUGGAACCUCCCGCCUCUCCCUCGAACUCAUACAAUACUAUAGACAGAAUGCGCCAGAAAAUUGGAAAGAGCGAGCAAAGCAGGUUGUGAACGUUGAUUUCUCAGAGAAAAGUAUUGGGUUUCAACGACAUGCAGAGGCAGUAUGGCUCAAACAGGUCGGGGAAGAUGCAGGAGAGGAGACACUCAUGGUAUAUCACGUGCUUGACCUGCUCGACUAUGCUGAGGUGAAUAGAGAGCUAGGAGGCAAGGGGAGAAAGUUCGAUGUUGUGUUGGAUAAGAGUACGUCCGAUUCAAUAUCUACUGGUGAAGAUAUACCGCUGGAAUCAAUACACAAGGGAAAGCAUCACUCAAGCUUGAUGGAGCUUACUCAAGGGAGAAAGGAGAGGAGAGUGGCGACAACGCAGAUUCUAGGAGUCAACCUAGCUUCGAUUGUGGAGAAGGGUGGUGUUUGGUUGUGUCAUAGCUAUAGUUCUGACCGGUGGGAAGACGUCAUCCCAGGCAGUAACCACGUUACUGAAGAGCAAGUAUGGCCAUGGACAGAAACAUCAAAGAUACCGGUCCCGGUGAAGUCGUCAGACCCAAACGCACCACAGAUCAAUCACUGGAUAUAUACCUUGCAUCGCACAUAG